AUGCAAGCAGGGGAUUUUACUUUGAUGUCCAAACGCUCUGUAAAGCGCGACCAAAUUGAAGAUAAAGUUGUUUGGAUAACUGGUGCUAGCCGUGGAAUUGGGGAGGUUCUUGCUAAGCAACUUGCAAAUUUGGGGGCUAAGCUCAUUAUUUCUGCACGUAAUGAAGCUGAACUGGAGCGGGUCAAGAAACAACUGACUGGUAAACAUGCACCUGAUGGUGUAAAGGUUUUGCCAUUGGAUUUGGCAUCUGGUGAAGAUUGUCUCAGGGAUGCUGUAGAGAAAGCAGAGUCAUUCUUUCUUAAUGCUGGUGUUGAUUUUAUGAUCCACAAUGCAGCUAUCGAGCGUCCUAAAACUACGGCUUUGGAUGUUACUGAGGAGAGUCUGAAGUCAACAUUCAAUGUCAAUGUUCUUGGGACAAUAUCGCUUACACGGUUACUAGCACCUUACAUGCUGAGGCGGGGGAAGGGACAUUUUGUCGUGAUGAGCAGUGCUGCAGGAAAGACACCUGCACCAGGUCAGGCCGUAUACUCUGCCUCUAAACAUGCAUUAAAUGGGUACUUUCACACAUUGCGCUCCGAGCUCUAUCAGAAAGGAAUCAGGGUGACCAUUGUUUGUCCUGGGCCAAUAGAAACAUCAACUGGUUCUGGAGCAGCAAGCUCAGAAAAUAAAGCUUCUUCUGAGAAGCGUGUGUCAUCAGAAAGGUGUGCAGAGUUGACGAUAGUUGCUGCCACCCAUUGUCUGAAGGAAGUUUGGAUAUCGUACCAGCCUGUGCUGGCUGUAAUGUACUUGGUGCAAUACGUGCCAACUGUUGGUUAUUGGCUCAUGGACAAGAUUGGUGGGAAUCGAGUCGAAGCAGCUGCACGGAAGGGCAACACUUACUCAAUUAGCUUACUGUUUGGGAAAAAGAAGGCAUCAUGA